AUGGCGAGGCCAGGUAGCGGUGGUGGAGGUAGUUCACAGGAUGCCAAACAUGUAUUGGAUGAAAUUGGGCAACAAGUGCACGACCAAGUGGAAAAGGAAGCUAAAGAACGUAGUAAUGGUGAUUUGAAAGGAAAUUUGACAAUAUCAACAAUUUUUGAUACGGAAACAACUGGCACCGAUGAUCCAUGCAGCUCUGAUUAUACUACACGUUUUGAUGCUCGCGGUGAUCCGUGCAAAAAAGAUGGAACAGGAAACGAUGUAGAGCGUUUUUCGGUUAAACAAGGAGCAGAAUGUGGUAAUAGUAAAAUACAUGGUAAUAGUAAAGGUGGAACUGGUACGGAGGUUGGCGCCUGCGCGCCGUAUCGACGAUUAAAUUUAUGUAACAAAAAUCUCGAAAAUAUCAAUAAAUAUGAUAAUACGAAAGCUAAGCAUGAUUUAUUGGCAGAAGUGUGUCAUGCAGCAAAAUAUGAAGGGGCAUCAAUAACACUUCAUUAUCCACAAUAUCAAAAUAAAUAUGAUGAUUCUGGUUCUACAAUGUGUACUAUGUUAGCACGAAGUUUUGCUGAUAUUGGAGAUAUUAUAAGAGGAAAAGAUCUAUAUCUUGGAAAAAAAAAAAAAAAGCAAAAUGGAAAAGAAACAGAAAGAGAAAAAUUAGAAGAUAAUUUGAGAAAAAUUUUCGAAAACAUUAAGAAAGAGAAUAAUUCAAAACUUAAAUCCCUUACAGAUGACCAAAUUAGGGAAUAUUGGUGGACAGAGAAUCGUGAAACAGUAUGGAAAGCCAUGACAUGUAGCGAGGACCUAAAAAAUUCUUCAUAUUUUCAUGCAACGUGCAUUGAUGGAAAGAAUCAGUCUCAAGCUAGAAACCAAUGCCGAUGUCCCAAGACAAGUGGCAACGUAAAUAUUGUUCCCACAUAUUUUGAUUAUGUGCCACAGUAUCUUCGCUGGUUCGAGGAAUGGGCAGAAGACUUUUGUCGUAAAAAAAAAAAAAAAGUACAAAAUUUGCAAAAACAGUGUCGCGACAAGUACCAGGGUGAUGAUCGAUAUUGUAGUCGUAAUGGCUACGAUUGCGAACAAACUAUUAAUAAAAUAGGUAAACUUGUUAUAGGCAAAGGUUGCAUUAACUGCUUGUAUGCAUGUAAUCCUUACGUUGACUGGAUAAAUAACCAAAAAGAACAAUUUGACAAACAAGUGAAAAAAUACGGAACAGAAAUAUCAGAUGGUGGUAGUGGUAGUGGUGCUGCUGGUGGUGGUGGUGGUAGGAAAAAACGAGGUACAAGUACUACUAAUUAUGAUGGGUAUGAAAGUAAAUUUUAUAAAAUAUUUAAAGGUAAGUGUGGAACCGUUGAUGCAUUUUUGGGAUUAUUAAAUAAUGAAAAAGCAUGCAAAGAAGUUAAAGAUGGAGGAAAAAUUCAUUUUGAAAAAGUUAAUAGUACUAGUGGUGGUACUGCUGGUAGUAAUAAAACAUUUUAUCAUUCGGAAUAUUGCCAACCCUGUCCUCUAUGUGGAGUGAAAAAGAAAGAUGGUGGUAAUGAAUGGGAAAAGAAAAAAGAAGAUGAAAAAUGCAAUAUAAAACUUUAUAAGCCUAAAGAUGGCGUAGUAGGUACUACUAUUAAUUUCCUAUAUAGUGGUGAUGAAACUAAUGAAAUUGAAAAAAAAUUAAAGAAAUUUUGCCGAACAGAAAAUGGUACUGGUGAUAGUAAUAGUGAUCCUUCUUUGUAUGAUCCAUGGCAAUGUUAUCACGUUAAACAGCUGGAGAAAGAUAAGGAGGGUGUGGAUGACCCAGUCUAUGAAGCGAAUGUAAAAAAUGGAGGCGGAUUAUGUAUAUUGCCAAACCCCAAAAAAAACCAAGAUAGUGGAAAUAAUUCUUCAAAUGAACCUGAGCAAUUCCAAAAGACAUUCAAUAAUUUUUUUAAUUUUUGGGUGGCACAUAUGUUAAAAGAUUCCAUAUAUUGGAGAACAAAAAAACUUGUGAAAUGUUUAAAAAAUGGUAACACAAUAAAAUGUGGAAUGAAUUGUAAGGAUGAUUGUGGUUGUUUUAAAAGAUGGGUUGAAAAAAAACAACAAGAAUGGGGGGAAAUCAAAGAACAUUUUGGCAAGCAAGAUUUUGGCAAGCAAGGAGAAAAUGGCGUAGGUGAAAUGUUAGGCGUACUAAUGAAAUCUCCUUCUUAUGUUCUUAAAUUUGUUUUGGAGAAAGAUGUACUUUUGACAAGUAUUAAAUCGGGUUAUGGGAAACCAGAGGACAUAGAACGUAUUGAGGAACUGUUGAAAGAGGAAAAAAAAAAAAAUGAAGAAGAAGCAGCUGAUGGCACCGACAAUGAAAAUAAGACCACAAUUGAUAAAUUGCUUAAGCACGAAUUAACAGACGCCAAAGAUUGCCAACAAAAAUGCGACAAAAAACCACCACCACCCGAAACUCCCGCUCGUAAUCUACCACCACCUGACACCCAACGUGACCCCAACCAAGAGGAAUCCGAAGAAGAAGAAGAAGAAGAGGACGAAGACGCCCCCGAUGACGGCGAAGUCGAUGGCGACAAGGGCGACGGCCAGGAGACGGAGCCGGAGGAGGAAGAGGACACGGAGGACGCCAAGGUGGAGCCGGCAAAGGACACCACAGAAGACACAGAACAGGAUGGGCAGGGACCACCGGUAAAAAAAGACGAAGUAAAUCCAUGUGAUAUAGUGUCUAAACUCUUUCAGAACCCAAACAAUUUUUCCGACGCUUGUACCCUCAAAUAUGUUACUGGUAAAAACUACGGCUGGAAAUGUGUAUCAAGUGGUAACGGUACCACUAGUAGUGAGGGUCGUUCCCCACGUGUCGCACGUAGUGCCCCUAGUGGUGAUAAGGACGGCGCUAUAUGUGUGCCACCCAGGAGACGACGAUUAUAUGUGGGGAGAUUAACGAAGUGGGCGGAAAGCAAACAGGUGACACAACCACAGGAGGAUGGUAAGGCACCACUAGCUCCCACUCCGCCGACCUCGUCGGGGUCACAGAGUGACCCGCUCCUUACCGCCUUCGUGGAAUCUGCUGCAAUAGAAACUUUUUUCUUAUGGCAUAAAUAUAAAGUAGAUAAAAUAAGAGAGGAAAAAGAACAACAAGAACUAUUUACAAAUACAUCAACCCUUGGAAAAGAACUUCAAGAUAAAUUAGAACGUGGUAACAUACCCACCGAUUUUUUGAGGCAAAUGUUUUAUACUUUGGGAGAUUAUAGAGAUAUAUUAUUUAGUGGUAGUAAAGACGCGAAAAAUGGUGUCAACGACAUAUUUAGUGGUGAUAAAGAAAUGAAAGAAAAAGAAGAGAAAAUAAAAGGUGCGAUACAAACGUUUUUUGAAAAUGGUGCUUCCCAACCUCCUAGUGGAAAACGAAAUGAUAAACAUGAAGAAUGGUGGAAAAACCACGGUGAACAUAUAUGGAAUGGAAUGAUUUGUGCUCUGACAUACAAAGACAAUGACGCCAAAGGCCAAACACCAACACAAAUUCAGGAAGUGCGUGACAAUCUUUGGGACAGUGGCAAGAACGAGCCAAAAAAACCCCAAUACCAAUACCAAACUGCCAAACUCGAAGAAAAAAACAGUGGUACCAAACCUACCAACCAAACCCCCUCAUCCACUAGUGAUAACACCCCCACCACCCUCACCGACUUUAUAUCACGCCCCCCCUACUUCCGAUACCUUGAAGAAUGGGGUCAAAAUUUUUGUAAAGAGAGGAAGAAAAGAUUGGCACAAAUAAAACAUGAGUGUAUGGAUGGUGAUACACAAAAGUAUAGUGGGGAUGGGGAAUAUUGUGAAGAAAUUUUUAGUAAGAAAUAUAACGUUCUCCAGGAUUUAAGUUCCAGUUGCGCUAAACCUUGUAGAUUGUAUAAAACGUGGAUAGAAAAAAAAAAAACAGAAUAUGAGAAACAAAAAAAGGCAUAUGAAGAACAAAAAAGUAAUUACGAAAAUGAACAAAAAGACAAAUGCCAAACACAAAGUAAUAAUAAUGCUAAUGAAUUUUCUAGAACACUAGGAGCGUCCCCUACAGCUGCAGCAUUUUUAAAUAGGUUAGGAUCAUGUAAAAAUGAUAAUGUAGAGGAUAAUGGAGAGGAUAAAUUAGAUUUUAACAAUCCAGAGCAAACAUUUAGACCUGCAACAAAUUGUGGUCCAUGUCCUGUAAUUGGAGUUAAAUGUAAAAAUGGUAAUUGCAGUGAUACUUCAAAUGGAAAUAUGUGUAAAGGAGGAAUGAUUACUGCAGAAAAUAUUAACAAUUCUACUGAUGAUGUAAGUAUGCUUGUGAGUGAUAACAGUACAACGGGAUUUAAUGGUUUAGAUGAGGCUUGUCAAGGUGCAGGUGUCUUUGAAGGUAUUAAAGAAGAUAAAUGGAAAUGUGGGACGGUAUGUGGUGUAGAUAUAUGUACUCUGGAAAAAAAAGAUACGAAUGGGCAAGAAGGUGAUAAAAAAUAUAUCACAAUGAAAGAAUUGCUUAAACGAUGGCUAGAAUAUUUUUUUGAAGAUUAUAAUAGAAUUCAAAAAAAAUUAAAGCCAUGUACGAAAAGUGAAAAUAAAUCCACAUGUAUAAAAGGCUGUGUAGAAAAAUGGAUAGAUAAAAAAAAGGAAGAAUGGAAAAAUAUAAACAAUAAUUACCUUCAACAAUAUAAAUAUGUUGGUAAUACUUUAACUAAUUUUUUAGAGAUUUUGAUACCUAAAAUUGAUCUCACAAAUGAUAAAAAAAAGAUUAAGGAUUUACCUGCGUUCCUGAAGUUAUAUGGAUGUAAUUGCGCUGAUAACUCACAAAAUAGUACACAAAAUGAUGUUGUUCUAUGUUUGCUUGAAAAUCUUAAAACAAAAGCAAAAAAGUGUGAAGAGAACCACAAACCUAGUGGCAACCAACAACAACCGUGUCAAGAAUCCCCCUCCGUUGAAGACGAUGAAGAGGACUUAACCCUUGAGGAAACAGAAGAAAAUACAGAGGAGGCAAAGAAGAAGAUGAUGCCGACAAUUUGUGAAACUGUGGUACCAACAGAACCAGAAGAACCUGGAGAGACUUGUACACCAGCAGCAGCAGGUGGUGGCCACAACCCCGAACAAACCCCCGUUCUCAAACCCGAAGAAGAAGCACCAACACCAGAAGCGGAAACAAAAAAAGACAAAGCCCCAGUGAAACCCCCAUCACAACCAACAACCCCCCAAAUAGUGGAUAAAACCCCCGCCCUGGUGACCUCCACCCUCGCCUGGAGCGUUGGCAUCGGUUUUGCUGCGUUCACUUAUUUUUUUCUAAAGAAAAAAACCAAAGCAUCUGUUGGAAAUUUAUUCCAAAUACUGCAAAUACCCAAAAGUGAUUAUGAUAUACCUACAUUGAAAUCCAAAAAUAGGUACAUACCAUAUAGAAGUGGUACAUAUAAAGGCAAAACAUAUAUAUAUAUGGAAGGAGAAACUAGUGGAGAUGACGAUAAAUAUGCAUUUAUGUCUGAUACUACUGAUAUAACCUCUUCCGAAAGUGAAUAUGAAGAAUUAGAUAUUAAUGAUAUAUAUGUUCCUGGUAGUCCUAAAUAUAAAACGUUGAUUGAAGUGGUACUAGAACCUAGUGGUAACAACACAACAGCUAGUGGUAAAAACACACCUAGUGAUACACAAAAUGAUAUACAAAAUGAUGGUAUACCUAGUAGUAAAAUUACAGAUAAUGAGUGGAAUACAUUGAAAGAUGAUUUUAUAUCUAAUAUGUUACAAAAUGAACCAAAUGAUAUACCAAAUGAUUAUAGUAGUGGUGAUAUUCCAUUCAAUACACAACCGAAUACUUUAUAUUUUGAUAAUAAUCAAGAAAAACCUUUUAUUAUGUCUAUUCAUGAUAGAAAUUUAUAUACUGGAGAAGAAUAUAAUUAUAAUGUUAAUAUGAGUACUAAAAAUGUUGAUAUUCCAAUGAGUGAUAAAAAUGAUGUAUACAGUGGUAUAGAUUUAAUUAAUGAUUCGUUGAAUAGUAAUAAUGUUGAUAUUUAUGAUGAAGUUUUGAAAAGAAAAGAAAAUGAAUUAUUUGGAACGAAUCAUCCAAAACAUACUAAUACACACAGUGUUACCAAAUCAAGUAAUAGUGAUCCUAUAGAUAAUCAAUUGAAUUUGUUCCAUAAAUGGUUAGAUAGACAUAGAGAUAUGUGUGAACAGUGGAAUAAUAAAGAAAAAGUAUUAGAUAAAUUAAAAGAAGAAUGGAAUAAAGAUAAUAAUAGUGGUGACAUUCACACAAGUGAUAGUAACAAAACGUUGAAUACUGAUGUUUCUAUACAAAUACAUAUGGAUAAUCCUAAACCAAAGAAUGAAUUUAAGAAUAUGGAUACAACCCCCAACAAAUCUACUAUGGAUACUAUGCUGGAUGAUCUAGAAAAGUAUAACGAACCCUACUACUAUGAUUUUUAUAAAAAUGAUAUCUAUUAUGAUGUAAAUGAUGAUGAUAAAACAUCUAUGGAUAACAACAAUAACCUUGUAGAUAAGAAUAACCCUGUGGAUAGUAACAACUCCACCUAUAACCACCGCAACCCUGCAGACAUUAACAAAACUUUUGUGGAUAUAAACAAUCAUAACCAACACCCUAUAGAAAAACCUACCAAAAUACAAAUUGAAAUGAAUUCAAAUAAUCGCGAAGUGGUCGAACAGCAAUAUCCUAUAGCGGAUAUAUGGAAUAUAUGA